CCACCGAGGGCAUUCUGCCUGCGCGAGUCGCGGUAUAAAGAGACGGCAAGCUCAGGAGCCCAACUGGUUCUUACAACUCACCACCAUCCUCUGAUUGCUGUAGUCGUUCUUCGCAUCCUCAUCAUCAACCAUGUCUUCUCCUCGCCGCAUCGCCACCGUCUUCGGUGCUACUGGCCAACAAGGCGGUUCCGUCAUCAACGCCCUCCUCGCCGACGGCGUCUUCACCCCACGCGCCGUGACGCGCUCCACAAACUCUCCCGCCGCCAAAGCGCUCGAAGCGCGCGGCUGCGAGGUCGUGGAUGCAGACUUGGGAAGUAAGGAGGCCGUGAGGCGCGCGGUGGAGGGCGCGGAAUGUGUUUUUGGGGUCACCAUCCCCUUCACCCCUAUCUCGGAGAUCCAGCAGGGAACGAAUAUGGUGGAUGCGAGCAAGGAGUCGGGUGUCAAGUUCUUCGUUUGGAGCUCCCUUCCCAGCGUCAAGGAGAUCUCGAACGGCAAGUACACCAAGGUCGCGCACUUCGAUGACAAAGCCGAGAUCCAGAAGUACCUCAAGGCCUCGGGCAUUCCGCACGCGAAUAUCCUGACUGGCUUCUUUCUCGAGAACUUCGUCUCCAACAUGAUGCCUCUCAAGCCCACCGCUACCGGUUACGAGCUCAAGACGCCUGUCUCGCCUGCGGCCAUCAAUACCGUCUGCUGGAUCGGGAAGGAAAUGGGUAGCGCGGUCGCCACAUUAAUGCGCGCAUAUGCAAACAACAAGAUCGAUGAGCUCAAUGGGCAGGAAUAUAUCUUGGGAAGCGGAACGGCGACGUUCCCGGAGAUUUUGGGGGAGUUCGAGGACGUCCUCGGUAAGCCCGUUACGCUCACACGAAUCCCCAAGUUGGGCGUCCCCGCGUUGGAUGAGAUGUUCGACUUCACCGCCGAGUACGACAGGCUCGCCGGGAAGCCGCGCCCGGACCCGCGACUCCUGGCUCUCGGUGCGGAGAUCGGGUCGGUGCGCGAAUUCGCGGAGGAGGUAUUGAAGCCGUUUUUGAAUGGCAAGGCGAAGGAGGCGAGGUGACGCGGCAGGAGUGAGGCGACGUGAAGGACUGCAGGUGAAGCGGCAGGACUUCUGGUGAAGCAGGGAGCUUGAUGGUUCUUCUCGCGCGUACGAAGGGCUCAAGAUAUUGGACGUAAAAACCGAAGGAAUAUAGCAGCUGUAUUGUAUUCGCGCAGCAGAACGUCAAAUGAAUGUACCGUAAGACAAGGA